AUGGAGUCUAAUAUCCCCUCGGUAACGGAGGAAAGUAAACCAGUGCGUAACAGCCGAGAAAGACGUCUGCGCCAGUGGACCCUCAUCGGCUGGGCACGUAGCGCACACGGAUGGCUAUUGGAAAUGGGCAAUUUUGAGGAUGUGGAAUCAGAUGGAUUAAUGAUGAUCCUUAGUGAAUAUAAGAACUGGAAAAAGAAUAACGCAUACCUGCUGUACAGGCAGACAGUGACGGUGAACAGUUGCCCACUGGAGGUGGAGAUUGUCGACGUGUCUGGAGAGUCGCGCGACCGCGGGCUGCCGCUGGAGGCCGCGCAGUGGGCGGACGCGUGCGUGCUCGUCUACUCCAUCACGGACCGCGCGUCCUUCGAGUGGGCGCUGCUGGCCCUCACGCACUUCCGCCGCCUGCGCCCCGCCGGCACACCCACCGCGCUGCUCGCCAACAAGGCCGACCUGGAGCACCUGCGCGCGGUUGCGGAGUCGGAGGGCCGCCAGGCGGCGCUGCAAGCCGGCUGCGCCUUCUGCGAGGUGUCGGUGGCGGAGAACAGCGCGGCGCUGUACGCGGCCUCGUAGCGUGGUGAGCGAGUGCUGCUCGGCGGCCAGAUCCGUCCGCGCCCUCGCUCGGCGCCGCACCCACUCACCCCGUGCGCUCAAGCCCGCCCGCAAGUUCUCCGUCACCAGAUUGAUCGGCACGCUCUCGGCGGCGGCGGCGCGGGCUCGCCGCCAAGACGCCCGCGGGCGCGGGCGCGGCGGCGGCGGCGGUGCGCGGAGCACCGUCUCGAGUGCCACAAAGGCCGAUCUGCAGCGCAGCCGCGUGCUGCAAAGGCGGCAG